AUGUUAAUUGAGAAAUAUGACGUGAAUCCAAAGUUUGAGAUAGGAUUUUCUCCUUUCUAUUUUAUUUCGUAUCCUUUGUAUAAUAUUCAAUGCAGAAGCAUCCUCUACAAAUAUUUGAAUCAUUAUGAUAAGAACGUCGCGUAUAGCCCUCUGGUCAACAUCAACAAUUUAAACCUAAAAACUUACAUCAUAUGUAUUUUCAACAGCUUGCAGCAGAUUUACCACGAUGAGGGAAUAAGCGGAUUAUACAAGGGGUUAAUACCCAUGCUGGCUCAUAUCAUAUCGAAGAAGUCCUUUUAUUACCUACUCGAAAAGAUACAUUUUGUCAUUUGGAGCAGAAGGGGCAGAGAAAAGCAGAGGGGCCCAUACAACAGCGGAAAGGCGCCCCGCAGUUACGAACACAGAUUUGCAGACGAUGACAGUCGUGAAGACGAUGGGGAAAAUGCAAGCAACUUCAUUGGGGACGAGAUAAAUUUGCAAGUUGUGCGGCAGAUGGAUAUGGUCAGGGACGAUGACGACUCGGUCAAGAAGAAAAAGAAAAAAAAAUAUUUCCACCUGUCCUUUUAUCACAGCUUUUACGAGUACCUCAGCUGCAUCCUGUCCUACCCCCUGCUGAACAUAUCGACCAAGUUGAUUGUCUUCCAAAACAAUUCCGUGUCUCUCAUGAACAACCUAAAAGCCAUCGUCCACCUGACCUACAUGUACGACGGAUUCAAAGGAUUCUUCAAAGGAUUAAACAGCUACCUGCUCAUACAGUCCACGGAGAAGAUACUUAACUGUUUUCUCUACCGAGCCUUUUCCGACAGCUGCUCGUAUGAGAAGGUUCUCACCAUUAAGGUGGUUCUAUCAACAUGCCUGAACACCAUCAUUGCGCCGUACAUUCAAUACUCCAUCCUUAACAGGUCGCAGUCGCUCGUGCCGGGCCUUUGCAAAGAAACAACCUUUAACAAUUUUUUUUGCACUUUCCACUGGAAGAGUCACCUCUCAAAUGUUUCUGUUGGAUUAGUCGUUGCUGGGGUUCAGCUCAUCAUCAUCGCGCUGCUCCCGAGGGACACCCCCAAGAGCGACGAAGUUGUGGACCAGGAAAAGGACGACGCGUUUAGCUUAACUCCAUCGUGUCUCACUCUGCGGGAGGAGAACCUGUUUGUGUGCAGGAGUGGCAGUGGCACGACUGAACAGGCUGGUAGUACCUCUGAGGGGAAUGCACACAUUGAAAAGAAAAAAAAAAAAAUUAUGCUCUCCUCCGCAGUGCCCAAAAGGUACAAGUUCGACCAGAAGGGAAACCUGACCGAAGUAAACCUGCUCCACUGCAAAAGCGUCGUCCUGAGGAACAAGUACAUCGACUCGAAGAACAGCCUGACUUGCUCCACGAACAUAAUCCCAGAGUUACACGAAACCGCGAACGAUUGCAGCACUUCCAAGAUGGCGACCAUGUCACAGGAAAACGUGUUCGAACCCGAACCGAUAAGUACAAGCUCUUACGCACAUGAGGGUGUAGGGGGUGGCGCAGGAUCAUCAUCCUUACUCAGCAUGAACAUGGUUCAAAGUGUGAGUAGCGUUAGCAACGGUGGAAACGAUUCACCCCAGUACAUACCAAAUCAGUGUUGUAAUAUGAACAUGAUGAUGGGUGGGGCCGGGUUAUGUGGGCAGGAAGUGAAUAACGCCCCAUUAGUGUUUGUAGAUGGAGCUGCGUACUGUGCAGAGGAUGGAGGACAAGGGAUUGACCCCGGAGUAGUGGCUGUGUCUAAUGCUUUGUUCGCAUACAACAGCGCAUUUCAGUGUAUUCCGAUAAAGACCUCUCCCAAUGUGUUUCGCCGAAGGAUAAAGGGGGAAGGAAACUCCGAGUGGUCCAAUGCCUUCGUUACGAGGGUCGACCCCUGUGAGUGCGGAGACCCUGAGGAGCAAUUCAAGCCCUACGAGGUCACCAAGUACUAUGAUGAUGGCCAGGUGAAGACGGUGUUCAACUUUGACCAGGAUUCCGCUUCGCAAGAACAACCACCCCUGUAA